AUGGGAGACGCGCUGAAAGAUCUGAAGGCGAAGCAGCUCCCGGAGGCUUUGAAGAGCGGCUUGUGGGGCCAGCUCAUCAUGGGCAUCCCGCUUCCCGACGAGAACCCGGCAGAGAGCUAUCGUCCAGACGUGGAGAAGAUGUCCCAGAAGUUCUUCAAGGGCUUGAACCAGGCAGAGGAGCGCAAGAGAACAAAGGAGGACCUCAGCCUCAGCGGAGCUAGCGGGGCACAGGCCACUGGCACCUUCUCCUCUGCCUCCUCAACAGGCGCUGGCUCCCCGACGGGGGCUUCCGGAGCUUCGCGUCUGGGGCAAGGGCCGUCGCCCUUUCUGAAGUCCCUCGACCUGCGGCCAGGCGGCCCGGGCGGCUCCACCGCCUCCCCUGGCGGCUCCUGCGGCACCGCCUCCACGGCGGUGAACUCCGCGCGGGGCUCCGGCACCGGGCCCUCCCAGACCCCCCAGCGAGGCGGCUCUGUGGCGGGCCGAGCGGCCUCGAGCCGCGGGGGCAGCCGGGGGUCCUCGCCGUGGCACCUGGCUUCUCCCAUGAGCGAGCUGAGUACAGCCUCGGAUCGCCUGAAUAGCAGCCAGCCCUCUGGCAGCGACUCCUGCGAGGAGCCAAGGUCGGAGAUGGCCUAUGAGGAGUCUCAGAGUGGGCCUUCGGACUGCGGGUCUCCGUACCUGGAGGGCACCGCCAAGGAGACCAAAGUCGACGUGGCCAGCGCAUGGAAAAACAUCAAGUACGAGAUGAGCCGCCUGGAACUGGGCAGAGAUCGCCUGAGCUCCAGCUCCGGAGCCGCCCGAGGCGUGUCUGGCACCUUCAGAGAGGCCGUCGGCAUGAACGACAACGGCCCGGUGAUCCCGCCCAAGAACCCGCAGAACAUGCGGACGUCCUCCACCGAAGAGUCGGGCGGCUACGGCAACUUUUCCAUGUCGCGGUCAGUAGAUGGCCAUUUGGGCUUCGGUGGCAGAGGUACUCUGCGCAAGGGCAAGCGCUGA